AUGCAGGAGGCCAAGUCCAAGGUCAUAAUGAUCGAAGACUGCGGAGCGGCCACCUUCAAAGCCUUCUUAAAAUUCCUCUACACUGACGAGCUGCCCGCCUUCGAUGACCUUGCAGCAGAGCCACCAAGUCCGGCCUUGAAGCAAGACGGCAGUCGGCACACUUCACAGAUGGAGGCACUCUGGGCCGUCAGUCACAAGUACCAGGUGGAACGGCUUCAACGCUGGUGCGAAGCACAGCUCUGCAAACAGCUCAGCGCAGAACAGGUCUGCAGCAUCCUUCGCCAAGCACAUGUUUUCGAGGCCACGCAGCUCGAGAAGGCUUGCCUAUCCUACAUCAAAGACAACGCUGCAGAGGUGCUCAAGCUUCAGGCCUAUGCUGACCUUAUCAGCAAAUGGCCUGAGGUUGCAUUGAAGAUUCAUCUGUUUUCAACUGGUGUGUCAGACGGCGAGGCAGCUGCAAUCGUGCAGGCACGCAAGGUACGCAGGUUGGAGGAUGGGACGGAGAAGACUUCAUAG